UUCAGGCCAGCAGGGAAGGCGCUGGGUGUUGGAGCGCCGCUAGGUGUGGCCGUGCGCCCAAAACGGACCUCUUCCGUGAGUGCUGGCCUAGGUGUGUGCAGAGAGCGCAGUCUAGCAGGGUGUCUGCAGCUUUUCCAAAAUGAGUUUGCAAGGGUCACAGCUGAAAUAUUCGACCGUGUCUCGGAGGACAGGCUCCAAGCAGGACCUCGCAUCGGGAGGUUAUACUCUGAGCAGAAGCGAAGGUGGCCAGUUCCUGAUGAGUGGUAAUGGCUACCAGUCCGACUUCAAUGACGGCUUUAUUCAGCAGGGCUAUACUACCUUCUCCAAGACUUCAGCGGGAGGCUACGGACAUCAAACCAGCUCGCCGUCAUCCGCCAGUCAAUCGAAAGCACAAAUUCUGUAUAAUCGGUGCAUGCAUAAACUCGAGACGGCCCAACGUAUUAUGGAAACUGGGGGAUCUCAGGCUGAAUUUGAUAAUGCGAUGGCCAUGGCCAUGGACGACAUGAAACAGCUCAGAAUGUGCGCCAUGGAACUAAAAACCUAUGGCCAGCCCUACGAGGCGGUCAGUAAAAGUCUGGAAGAGUGCUCCAUGUUGCAGUCUUCACUCAUGAGCAGAGGAGGGAUGACCUUGGGUGGAGGAGCGAUGACCUUGGGUGGAGGAGGGAUGACCUUGGGCGGAGGAGGGAUGACCUUGGGCGGAGGAGGGAUGACCUUGGGCGGAGGAGGGAUGACCUUGGGCGGAGGAGGGAUACGCAGGAAGUUCAGCACUGGCCGAGAUGACUUGGGCAGGAGCUUUAACGAUGCCAUUGCCUGGAUCCACCAGAAGAAGAGGCUCAUUGAAACUGCUCCUUUUGGAGAUAAGGCAGAUGCCAUCGAGGAGCAGAUUACCUCCCACAAUAGGUUCCACAGCUCCAUCCAGAAAGGCCUAGAGGUGGAGAAAGCACGAGAUGAACUGAUGCAGAAGGGAGAGAAGUCUCUACUUCAUAUUCUGGACCAGGAGUGGGACAGCCUGCAGAAAAUGUCGCACGCUCGCAGCUCCCAGCUGCGAGAACUGCACAAUAUAAUCAUGGAGAUCUCUGAAGCCAUCAUGUGGGUCAACAUCCGCGAGGAGGAGGAGCUCGUGUUCGACUGGGGAGACAAGCAAAUCGACACCUACAUCCCCAAGAAACAGGAGAGUUACUCGCGGCUAAUGAAAGAACUGGAGUCUAAGGAAAAAGAUCUGAACAAGGUGAAGGGUAAAGUUGAUCAGCUGCUGAAGAACCAGCAUCCAGCCUCAGAUAAGAUCGAGGCGUACAUGGACACCCUGCAGACACAGUGGAGCUGGCUUCUCCAGAUCACUAAAUGCAUCAAUGUACAUUUGAAGGAGAAUGCCGCCUACAGCCAGUUCUUUAAGGAGGCAAAUGAGAUCUACUGUAAGUUGGAGAAUGCGAACAGCGUCAUCCGCAACAAAUUCAAGUGUGACAAAAACACAUCACUGGAACAACUGAAUGUACUGCUGAAAGAGCUGGAGAAAGAAAAGGAGAGGGUGGCGGAGAAUAAAAGGUUGGUGCACACCCUGGUGAACAAGUCAAAGAGCAUCAUACGUCUGAAACCUCGCAACCCAGAGGAGAAGAGCAACAGUCCUGUGAUAGUGAAGGCCCUGUGUGACUUCAAACAGGACCAGAAGGGAAUCUUUAAGGAUGAUGAGGGGAUUCUGAAGGAUAACUCUCAGCGCAGUAAGUGGAAUGUGACAGGACCUGGAGGUCUGGACAUGCUUGUGCCCUCAGUGUGUCUCAUCAUCCCCCCACCCAACCCUCUGAGCAUCAGCCUGGCACAAAAGAAUGAAGCGUUCUAUGAUUCCAUCAUCAGCAUCUGGGACCAUCUGUACAUCACCCUCAAGAGUCUGAUCUCCUGGCAGUACUGCGUGAGGGACAUCGACUACAUCAAGUCCCUCACGUUCAACAUGCUGUCGAAGAUGAAACCUGAGGAGUACCGCAGGAUCAUCACCAACCUGGAGUUACACUUCCAAGAUUUCCUAAAGUUCAGUAAGGACUCAAAAAUGUUUGGGCCUGAGGACACGUUCUCUCUGGAGUCAGAGUACAAAAAUGCACAGGCUCACUAUGUAACCCUGCUGACCACCGCCAAGCAACCAGCAAACGUUUGGACAGAGCAAACCAAGCCUGUCCUGGCGCCGCCGACACCUGCACAAGCGUCUCUGUCCACGUCCACGCUGAACCUGAAGCUCCUCACACAGAUAAACACACUGCGCCGUCGACUAGAGGCAGCCGAGGCUGGACUGGGACAACACCUGCACGUCCCCUAUAAUGAGAACUGUGUACAGGACUGCACUCAGAGACUGCACCUGAUACAGGGUGUUCACCACGAUCUGGAGUCUAUCCGGGAUGAGUACCUGCACCUGAGAGAUACGGUCAUGAGGCAGCUGGAAGGCACUAUGGACAAGGAGCAGGCCAGUUUCCUGCGCUCCGAGCUGGACCUCAUCAACCAGAGGCUGGGCAGCCUGCAGACCUUCUCCACAGCCUACCUGCAGAGGCUGACUGCUCUGCGAGGUGUUCUGGAGGGUCUGCUGUGCACUAAUGACAUUGUUAAGGUGCACGAGGUGAAGCUGACUGAGAAAGACACCAGUUUUCUGGACCUGGCCAAGCUGCAGGACUACUGCAUCAGCCUCAGGCAAAUGAAAGCUGACCUGGAACAGAAAAAGGAGCUGCUGACCUCCAUGGAGGUGGCGCUGACUCAGGCCAUGUACUGGAAUGGACAGAUAGACCAGAGCUUCCACCAGUGUGACGGGGACUUGUCCAAAUACAAAGAGCUGGUGGGACAGAUGUCGGACCGCUGGCGUCGUAUUCUGACCCAGAUUGACAGCAGGCUGUGGGACCUGGAGAAACAGGAAAAGCAGGUGAAGCACUACCAGCAGAGCAGCUCCCAGCUCAGCCAGUGGAUGGACAACACCAGCCAGCGCUUGGAUGGCAUGCAGGCCUCCAAGUUCAGCAGCAUGAAUGCUCUCCUGGAGCACCUCAACCAGCAGAAGGCACUGCACUCAGAGAUCAAAGGCAAGAAGGAGAAGGUUGACGAUGUGCAGAAUGACGCGAACAUGUGCGCCACCUCCAUAAAGGACUAUGAGAUGCAGCUGGCGUCCUACGGUGCAGGUCUGGAGACUCUGCUCAACAUUCCCAUCAAGAGGACUGUGCUUCAGUCUCCUGCCACUGUGCUCAGUCAGGAGGCGGGGGAUCUGCAGUCUCGCUACAUAGAGUUGCUCACCCGCUCCAGCGACUACUACAAGUUCCUCGCUGAGAUGCGGAAGAGCAUGGAGGAGCUGAAGAUCCAAAAUACUAAAAUUGAGCUUUUGGAGGAAGAACUUAGGCACCUGAAAGAAGAACUCCAAAACAGUUCCCAAAGAAACAAGUCACUGGAGGACAUCAUAGCCGAUUUCAAGCUGAGACUCUCCAAAACCAAAGAGGAGGAAUACAUGAUACGUCGCGAGACAAACGCUGCGCUUCAGAGCCAACAGUCCAUUCAGAUUACCCUAGAAUCCACCCAAAGCAAAGUGAAAGAACUAACCGACCGUGUGGCAGAACUCAUGUUGCUCAUUGAAGACGAGAAACGUAAGCGCAGGCUAGCGGAGGAGAGGUACAACAGUCAGCAGGAAGAGUAUGAGACUGUCAUCCGUAAGAGACAGAAAGAGCUCGACCAAGUCAACUGGUCUAAAAUCGACAUCGAGAAAGCAGUCAAGGACAAGGAGCGCGAGAUUGAGCGUCUGAAGACGCAGCUGGAGGAUGAGGCCACCCGCCGUCGCACAGCAGAGUCUGAGGUCUCUAAGGUAAGAACCGAGUGCAGCCAGGAGAUCAGUCAAAUAAAACAAACUUAUGAGUCGCAGAUCCAUGUCCAAAAGACAACCUUGCUCCACACUACAAAGCAGAAAGAGGAGGACACUUCAGCCCUGAAACUGCAGUUAGAUAAGAUCUCAAAUGAGAAAAAGGAUCUUGAAGAGGAGCUCAGGAGGCUUCAGGUCUCCAUCAGCCACAAGGAGGAAGCCAGGAAGAAGGCGGAAGGGGAGGUGCGUCAGCUGAGUGCCUCAGGAACUGAGGACAGCAGGAGAAGACAGGAACUGGAGGUGCAAAUUAACUUCCUCAAGAAGCAAAACACUGAGCUUGAGAUAAGGUUCAAAGAAGAACUUUCUCAGGCCAAGAAAGGGAUAGAGGAGAAAGCCCAUCAGAUUACCACACUAACGCAUAGCUUGGAGGACGAGAGACGGAGGAGGAAAGCUUCGGAGAUGGAGAACCAAAGUCUCAGGCAGGGAGAGGCAGAACUACGUGCCAAACACACAUCCUCACUGGAAGCAGUCAGCAAGUUGAAGACUUCUGAAGAGGAGCUAAAAUUUGUAAGUCUUGAGCUGGAGAAGCAAACCAAUGAGAAGUACAAGACGGAACAGAAUGUCGUACGUCUGCAGAGCCGCAUCUCAGACCUGAAUGCCAUGUUAAGCAAGUUGGAAGCUGAGUUGGAGAGAGAAAAAAGAAGCCGUGAAGAUGAAGUCACAAAGAGACAGAGAAUGGAGGCAGAAUUGGAAAGGGUGAAUAGGACGUGCCAAGAGUACACCACAACAAUCAGUACUCUCAAUACUCAGAAGAUGGAUGAGACUACCACCAUCCGAAAGUAUGAACAGGACCUCCGUCGCGUCCAGGACGAGUUGGACAGAAGCCUGAGGGAGCACAAAGCAACAUCAGAACAGCUCACCAAGCUGAGGGCCGAGCUGAAAGCCCUGCAGCAGCAGCUGCUUCAAGAGCAAGGGCGUGUCCGGGAGGCCAACCUGCGCAAUGAGACACUGUACAAGACCAUAGAGGAGAAGAGCCGUGCACUGAAUGAGAGCAUCACUGAGAUCGAGAAGCUCAAGAGCCUCACUCAGAGCCUUACCAAGGAACACCUAAAGCUAGAGGAGGAGUUGAGAAGCAUGCGUCAGGAAAGGGAUGAUAUACGGGCAGCCCAGAACAGCUUUAACAGUGACCAUGCAGCCAAACUCUCAGCCUUAGAGCUCCAGCUACAAACCACUAAUAAAAGAAACCAGGAUCUUCAGACCCAGAUUAAUGACCUGAGAAAAGAGAGGGACAAUUUACAGGUGGAAAUAACCAAAACCAAAAAGCAAUACACAGAGAUUAGCAUGACUGUUCGUUCAUCUGAGACACGCACAAUCGAGCUCCAGAAUGAGAGGGACAGUCUACUGGCCAAGCUCAGGCUGAUGGAGGCAGAUAAAGGAAAACUGCAACGUUAUGAGGACGAACUCAGUCGCCUGAAGAUCACGCUGGAGUCAGAGCUGCGCCAGAAGCAACAAUUUCAGGAUGAGCUGGCCAAAAUCCGCAAGGACCUGAAUCACUGGAAGAGUCAAUAUGAGAUAAGGGAGACAGAUAAAAACAAAGCUGAGAAGGACAAGGCCUCCUCACUCAUCGAGAUCCAACGGCUGACUACAGAGCUAAGAAGUGUGGAGGAUCGAUACAAAACUCGCCUCCAGAAGCUCGAGCUGGAGGUGUCUGACCUCAUGCGUAGGAAAGAGUCAGUGGAGAAGGAGCUCUGGAAGCUGAAGCAGCGUCCGAAUACCUUCCCGAAGCAGACUCAGACAGACGAGAACAUGAGCACAGUCGACCCAUCCAAGCUCCUUUUCGAUGGCAUUCGCAGGAAGGUGACUGCACAUCAGCUUUUGGAAUGUGGAAUCAUUGAGAAAGUGACCCUUGAUAAGCUGCUGAGGGGCCAGAAGACAGUGGAAGAAGUUGCAGUGUCUAUUCAGCCCAGUCUUAAGGGCACAGGGGUAAUUGCUGGUGUGGUUCAAGGCUCACAAAAGAGACUCUCAAUCGCAGAAGCUAAACAUCAGAAACUGCUAAGCCCAGAGUGCGCCAUCAUGUUACUCGAAGCCCAAGCCGCAACUGGCCACAUCAUUGAUCCAAAGUUUAAUGAGAAGAUGUCACUGGACACAGCCUGCUCAAGGAAUGUUGUUGGCACAGAGGACAGAGAUACCCUGAUUAGAGCUGAGGCAGCUUGCACUGGAUUCAAGGAUCCAUACACAGGCAAACUGAUGUCUGCUGGACAGGCUUGCAAGAAAGGUCACCUUGACAGGGAGACCACACUUCGAUUACUACAGGCUCAGGAGGCAGCAGGAGGCAUCAUUGAUCCUGUACUAAGUGUGUUCCUGCCUAAGAACGUCGCCUUAGAUCGCAGCUUAAUCGACGAUGAACUAUACCGUGCCCUGAACAAAAACCCGACCUGCUAUGUUGAACCAGAAACUGGGAAGGUGGUGAGCUACAGUGAAUUGAGGAAGAAGAGCAUUAUGGAACCCACAAUGGGUUUGCUUCUUCUCCCUGUGAAAGAUGAGACAUCUAUCAAGCCAUGUUGUGACUACAAUUGUGUUGCUGGUAUUUAUGAUGAAGCCCACCAGAGAGUCUUACCAUUCUACAAGGCCAAGCAAGAUGGGCUUCUCCGUCCAGGGACCACGCUGGAGCUGCUUGAAGCCCAAGCUGCCACUGGGUUCAUGAUUGAUCCAAUUAACAAUGUUGGCAUGAAUGUGGAAGAGGCAUGGAAGAGAGGCCUGAUAGGCAAAGAAUUUAAAGAGAAACUGCAUUCUGCCGAGAAGGCCGUCACUGGAUACAAAGAUCCCCGGACAGGUGAGAUUAUCUCACUCUUUCAGGCUAUUGAGAGAGGCAUUAUCGAAAGGGGUCAUGGCAUUAGGCUCCUGGAGGCUCAGAUAGCCAGUGGUGGAAUCAUAGAUCCUAAAACAGGUCGUCGCAUUAAUGUGGAUGAGGCUUAUGCAAAAGGUUACUUUGACCGUACCAUGAAUCAAAUUUUGAAAUAUGAAGGGGAUGACACCAAGGGCUUUUUUGACCCAAACAAUGAGGAAAACCUGACAUACCUACAGCUGACAAAGAGGUGCAUUCGAGAUCCCAAGACGGGCCUUCUGCUGCUGCCCUUAAUGGACAAGAAAAAGCAGGCAGACUUGUCAAGCCAGAAGAACACCCUUCGCAAAAGGAGAGUGGUGAUCGUAGACCCUGAAACAGGCAAAGAGAUGUCGGUUCGUGAGGCUUAUCACAGAGAGCUGAUUGACUAUGAUACUUUCCUGGAACUUUCUGAACAAGAAUGUGAAUGGGAGGAGAUCACUAUUACUAAUUCUGAUGGCAGUAGCCGAUUAGUCAUUGUUGACCGUAAAACGGGCAAACAGUAUGACAUUCAGGAUUCCCUUAACAAGGGCAUUAUUUCCAGGAGCACCUUAGACCAAUACCGCGCAGGGACCCUGACACUCACACAAUUAGCUAAUCUUAUUUCGAGCAAAACCAGCACUUCUGAACUCGCAAUCUCCACCAGCAUACCAGAUAAUCUGGCUACCUGCAGUAGCCCCACAGAAGUUGCACCAUCUUCCCCAACAGUCCGGAAGCGUUUUGCAAGUGUUUCCAUCACACUGUCACCUCCCUCUGAUGUGCUGGAUGACCAGAGUCCUAUUGCAGCCAUCUUUGACAGUGAAACCUUGGAGAAGAUCACAGUCUCUGAAGCGCUCCGGCGUGGAAUAGUGGACACAAUCACUGCCCAGCGGCUCCUGGAGGCUCAAGUCUGCACUGGAGGUGUCAUCAAUCCUGCCACAGGGCAAAGGCUCUUUCUACAAGAUGCUGUUCAUCAGGGCAUCAUAGAUGAUGACAUGGCAAGCAAACUCAAACCAGCUCAGAAGGCUUAUACUGGCUUCGAGGACGUGAAGACCCAGGGGAAAAUGUCCGCUGCAGAGGCCAUGAAAGAAAAGUGGCUGCCCUAUGAGGCUGGACAGAGGUUCCUUGAGUUCCAGUACCUGACAGGAGGACUUAUGGAGCCAGGAAGUGGCACGAGAGUCAGCAUUGAAGAAGCCAUCCGCAGAGGGUGGCUGGAUGGAAAAGGGGCCCAGAAGCUGCAGGACACCAAGAGCUACAUGAAAAUCCUUACCUGCCCCAAGACUAAGCUCAAGGUCUCCUACAAAGAGGCACUAGAUAACUGUAUGGUGGAAGAGACCAAAGCCAUAAAGAUGCUCCAGGCAUCUUCCAUGUCUACAAAGGGUAUCAGUAGCCCCUACAACAUCUCUCCUGGACCUGGCUCCCGUACUGGGUCUCGUAGUGGUUCCAGAAGUGGUUCACGUAGAGGCAGUGUGGAUUAUACGUCUUUCAGUUUCAGUCGCAUCUCACCCAGUUUCUAGUUCUAGCUGCAUCUCUUAACAUGUAUUAAGCACAGUGGAAAACCUGUGGAUGCAAACACCCUUUUACACAAGACUACUUUUCAGUUAAUCUAUCAAAAGGUAUUUGUAUUAACUAGGGAUUUGGGAUACUGUAUGGAAAUAAAUAUGGGGUUAUAAUUUACUUAACCGAUCAAUGAUCAUGUGUUUUUUGGGUUCUUAUUCCAAUUAUUAGUUUUUGAUAUUAACCUCCUGUCCUUUCUCUACGACAGAUUUUAUCAAAAGGAUUUUAAAUCCUUUCUGAGAUUUAUGUAUUGCGUGUUUGUAGUCCUAGUGCUUCAUACAUUGAUUUGUACUGAAAUAUCAUUGAAUGCUUUUCUUGAUUAUUUGGAAUUGGAAUUUAAUGAUUCCUUGAUUCAGAAGGUAAAUAAUAUGAAAUGUUUCUGCAUUUCCACAUCUCAUGAAAUGUUUUCAUUUGCAUUGGAACAGUAUAAAAACAUAUUU